GUAAUGCAGGUGGUGAGGGAGCAGAUCAUGCGAGCGCUCACUCUCAAGCCUAAUUCUCUGGACCAGUUCAAGAGCCGCCUGCAGAACCUGAGCUACACAGAGAUCCUGAAGAUCCGCCAGUCUGAGAGGAUGAACCAGGAGGACUUCCAGUCCCGCCCCAUUCUGGAGCUGAGGGAAAAGAUCCAGCCGGAGAUCAUGGAGCUGAUCAAACAGCAGAGGCUCAACAGGUUGUGUGAAGGAACCUGCUUUAGGAAAAUCAGCAGUCGCAGGAGACAAGAUAAGUUUUGGUACUGCCGCCUGUCCCCCAAUCAUAAAGUCCUGCACUAUGGAGACCUGGAAGAGAGCCCCCAGGGCGAGGUCCCCCACGACUCUUUACAGGACAAACUGCCUGUAGCUGAUAUCAAAGCUGUUAUCACUGGCAAAGACUGUCCUCACAUGAAGGAGAAGGGAGCCCUCAAGCAAAACAAGGAGGUGCUGGAGCUGGCCUUCUCUGUCCUCUACGAGUCGGACGAAUACUUAAACUUCAUCGCUCCUGACAAGCAUGAGUACUGCGUGUGGACGGACGGUCUGAACGCCCUGCUGGGGAAGGAGAUGACCAGCGAUCACACCAAAUCCGACAUGGACACCCUGCUCUCCAUGGAGAUGAAGCUCCGCCUCCUGGAUCUAGAAAACAUCCAGAUUCCCGAGGCCCCGCCCCCGAUUCCCAAAGAGCCUAGCAACUACGACUUUGUUUAUGACUGUAACUAGACGUGUGACUCCUCCCCCUCAACACCCCCCCUCCCCUCUCCCUUCACCUGAACAAAAUCUGCACCUUCUGUAUUCACUGGACCCGUCUUUUCUCAUGAACUGGAAGAAGAAACAAACUGAAGGAGGGACGCGUUAAACUUUGUUCUCUUUGCUUCUUGCUAGAUGUUUAAAAGAUGAGAGGGUGCAGAUUAACUGAGGGACUUGGGAUCAGUGCAGAGUCAUCAAGUCGCCAUGAAGACGGGAGAAGCAGGGAGUUUCUGUUUAACCUGUUCUUCAUCGUCCUGCUCAGUCUUCUUCACUCUCCUGCAGAGUCUGUUUCAGUGUCCAGACACCUGCUGGCUUCUUGCUUCUGUGGACAAACGUUUAGAAAUUUAUUUUUCUUUAAGUUUUUGUGGUGUUGUCCUUUUUAUUUUUCGUUUGUUUUGUUUUGUUUUUCCUCAGGGUUUUUAUUUUUAUUUUUAUUUUUUGUCAGGAGGCGAUAUCAGGAUGGAAGUCGUGUAGUUUAAAGAGCAAGUGAGGUUAAAAAAUUACUUCCUGUCACAUUUCUACUAACUCAGUGGCAGCUAAGAGGCUGGAUUACACCUAACGGACCAAUCCUAUAAAAAUAAUCUCUUCUGCUCAGUCACGUUCCACAUAUACUGAAGACUGUUUGAAAAGUUUUUCUUUUUAAUAAUUGUGUUAUUGAACUCGUUGCUGCUCAUUAUUAUGAUAUCUUUCCCAUAAAUCCAACGUAAAAUCAUCUCUGUUGUUAAAAAGGCCGCUUGCCUCUCCCUCACUUGAGUCUCUUGUUGUAAAAACUGCUGUACACAACAUUCCUGAGCAAUAUUUCACAUUUUCUUUUCUCAUUUGAUCAUUUAGUAAUUUUGGAAUUGUGAAAAAUUUGAAAUAGUGGGAAAAAAACAAGAAAAAAAGCCUGAUAAUGUGUGUUUGGUCAAGGGAGGUUGACUCUGUGUGUGUGUGUGUGUGUGUGUGUGUGUGUGUGUGNGUGUUGGACUAUGGCCACAGAAAUUUACGAGGUUAUGUAUUUUUUUUUAUUUAAAGAAAGAUCAUGGUUUUUAUUUCUAGUAUGAUUUAUAUAUUUCCCCCUUUUUUCUAUUUAAUUCCACCUUCUGUUUUUUCUGUAGGAUUUUUUCCAAGCCCCUGAAAAACUGCUGUUUACAUUAAAAAUGGAGAGAAAAAAAA